GAUGAACAGCAUGCGGCAGACGGCAUUGACAGCAUCACAAUGAGGUGUGCGAUCGUUCUACUGGCUCUGGCAGUUUUUGGGGCUGCUCUACCCCAACACCACCAACAGCAGCAGCAGCAACAGCAGCAGCAGCAGCAGCAGCAGCAGAAACAGCGUGCUGCUAACCAGGAUCUUCUGAAAAAACAACAAGAUGUGAUCUUGCUGUUACAACAAAUCACUCAACCGAUCCCGAACCAGGAGCUCCAGAUCCUUGGUACUACAUACGAUAUCGUAGGCAACUCCCAUCAAUACGACAAUCCCAUUCUCGUUCAGUACUACGCUGGCGCAGUACAGGCUGGACUGGUGCAACCAAAAGGCACUGUCUACUCGAGCUCAAUCAGUCAGCUCCGCAAAGAGGUCUCUUUGCUGCACAGAAUUUUAUUAGGCGCUCAGAACUACCAGACGUUUUUGGCAACCGCUGCAUGGGCCCGCGUCCAUGUUAACGAGGGACAAUUCGUCAAGGCUUUGAUCGGUGCCGUUCUUCAACAUCCCGAGACACAGGGUGUCAUCUUGCCGCCGCUCUACGAAAUCGUUCCUCAAUAUUAUUUCGAUGCUAGGAUCAUUCAACAAGCCCAGAACAUCGCUGCACAGAGCGCACAACAAAGCACUGUACAAGGACAAAACACUGUUGUUAUCCCCGUCAAUUACUCUUCCCAAUUAUCCAACGACGAACAACAGCUUUCCUACUUCACACAAGAUGUUGGUCUUGCUAACUAUUACAGUUAUGUCAAUCUCGCUGGAUACUUGUCACAACAAAAACAGGGAUCUCAGCAGCAAUCUCCGGUACAGCAAUACCAACAGCAAGGCAUUCAAGGUCAAGAAAAUCAGAACAACCAGGGAUCCGUUUACUAUUAUCUUCACCAACAAUUGUUGGCUCAUUACGAAUUGAAUCGUCUUUCGAACGGACUCGGUCCAAUCCAGGACACUGACUAUAUCAACGUACAGUCGACGUACCAACCGCACCUCCGACACCCGAACGGACUUGAAGUUUCGGGACGUUCUGAGGAUGUUCAGCUGAGUCCUGCUAAGAACACUCUUAUUCAAGCUGUCAAGAAAAUCGAACAAAGACUGAUUGAAGCCAUUGACUCCGGCCAUGUCAUUACUCCGCAAGGCGCCUUCCUCUCUCUCUACCAACCGCAAGGUUUGAACAUCCUUGGAGAUCUUAUUCAGGGAACUGGCAGAAGUGUUAACCCGAGAUACUAUGGUAGCCUCCAAGCCGCCGCGCGUCAGCUCCUCGGCAACGCUCCCGAAGCACAAAACAUCUACGACUACACUCCUUCCGUCCUUGAAUUGGGACAAGUCGCCGUUCGUGAUCCAGCUUUUUACCAACUUUAUAAGAAAGUAAUCAGUCUGUUCCAACAGUACCAGGAUUCUCUGCCCGCGUACCAAUACAAUGACAUUCUGUUGCCCGGAGUUAGCAUUCAAGAUGUUCAGAUCAGUCCGCUUGUGACUGUUUUCAACGAUUACUACGUCGAUCUUGAUGCAGCCACUGGCCAGCAACAGCAACAGCAACAAGUAGGCCAGCAACAGCAAGUUCAGCAGCAGCAGCAACAACAACAACAACAACAGAAACACAUCCAAGCGCAACUGAAGAGAUUAGACCACAAACCGUACGAGUAUCAGAUCACCGUCCAGAGCACGCAGAACGUCCCCAGUGCCGUCGUCCGUGUCUACUUAGGACCGAAAUAUGACUACCAAGGCCAGCCUAUUAGCAUCUCCCAACACAGACACAAAUUUGUCGAACUUGAUCAGUUCAUAACUAACCUUCAGCGAGGACAGAACGUUAUCGUUAGACAAUCCCAGCAGGCACCGAGCCAGAGCUUCGACUAUCCAUCAGUUCAAGAAAUCAAGCAGCGUGUUAGCGGUGCUGUUCACGCCAAGGAACCGUUCUACAUCACUGAGCCGCAGCAGAUCUUUAGCUUCCCAGCUAGGUUGACUCUUCCUAAGGGUCAGCAGCAAGGAUUGCCGCUUCAGUUGUUAGUUGUGAUCUCUCAAGAAGGACAGAACAUGCCCUCUUAUGGACCAGUGAUACCGCAACAGUUCCAGACAUAUCAGCAGCACCAGUAUCAAGUAGUCAGCCCGCAGGAAUAUCAACAGAUUCAGCAACACCAAGGUCAGACAUCCGAUAUGCAGCAGACUGUGGAGGUUGUACCUCAGAAUCUACCCCUCAACCAGCAAGGAAACCAAGCUGUAAGGAACCAUUAUGCUGAUCUCUACACUCAGCAACACGGACAGUAUCCGUAUACGCAUAGCCACUAUCAAGUCGGCCAGAGACAACAUACCCAAGGACAACAAAAUGUCUACGGUGUACAGAGCCAAUACCACGGACAGCAAGGACAACAAGGACAACAAGGACAACAAGGACAACAAGGACAACAAGGGCAACAAGGACAACAAGGGCAACAAGGACAACAAGGACAACAAGGACAACAAGGGCAACAAGGACAACAAGGGCAACAAGGACAGCAGAGACUCGACUUAUGGGAAAAAUCUCAACAAUGGACUCAACAAUGGGCUCAAGACAGGACUCAAUAUCCAGGUAUCUACGGACAAGAACAGCAGGAACAGGGACAACAGGGACAACAAUCUACUGUAGGAGUUCAAGGCGUACAGGGAUUACAGCAAGGUGUGCAGAUCCCACAUGGUGUACAAAGCGUGCAAGGUCUUCACAGCGUACAUAACGUACACGGCGCCCAAGGAGUACAAGGACAGGGAAUCCAAAAUCCUCUCUCUGGUGUCUUGUCUCAAAUUCAGGGUGCAUACCAAAACACCUACCAAGGACAGAGCCAACAACAACAAGGACACGGUGCCUCAUACAUCGGUAGCGGACAGUAUCAUGCCGGUGGCUACCAAGGCAUCAUGGCUGAAGGACAACAGACACAGGAUGGAUCCAUCAACAAAUACUUCCAGAACAAACCCAUCUCCCAGGUUAUCGGUGGCGCUGUUUCUCUAGACGGUAAGCCACUCGGCUACCCAUUGGACAGACCUCUGACCACUGGCGCUCUUUCGGUUCCCAACGUCCAUGUUUCAACGGUUCUUGUUUAUCAUGAAGGUCAACCCACCAACGAAAUGAACACUCAGUAAUAUGUUCCUACGUAUCAGAUAAACGCGACUUCGGCAUAUCUUCAUAAUGCUAUCAAGAGUUAUAUUUUUUUCAUAUUUUUUCAAUGACAAAAGAUUUGUUAAUAUUGUGUAGCAACUGCAAUUAAUAAAUUGCCUUAAAACGCAAA